AUCACUACUCUCUCCAAAAUUCCAUGGCGUGAUGACGUGUACAGCUCCGAUUGGUGGACACACGUAGCUCCUCUCAGUCCUGCAGCAAUGGAGAACUGGGCGAAGGGAUUUUCUUGUCUGCGUCGAGAGGUUUCUGCUCCGAUUUGAUUCACUCGCGAAGAGACGAAAUCUAUUUUCUUAGAGAGAGGGAGAGAGAGAGAGAGAGAGAGAAUGCAUCGAUCAUCACCAUUGUUGAUCGUGUUAUCUUUGUUCUUCUUGCAAAUAUUCGAUCUCAGUUCCCGGGUAGAUGCAUUGUACGGACCAUCAUCACCAGUGCUUCAGCUAAACCCCUCUAACUUCAAGUCCAAGGUUCUCAAUUCGAAUGGGGUUGUUUUAGUUGAGUUCUUUGCUCCUUGGUGUGGUCACUGCCAAGCGCUGACACCUACAUGGGAAAUGGCAGCUACUACCUUGAAAGGUGUUGCCACUGUGGCAGCACUUGAUGCUGAUGCUCACCAGUCACUAGCUCAGGUUUCCUAUAUUACUACUUAAUACUUAUAGCAAUUG